ACUUUGUGGCCCAGGCCGGUCUCAAAUUCACAGCGAUCCUCCUGCCUCAGCCUCAAGUUCUGGGGUUACAGUUGUGUGUCAUCACACCUGGCCUUUAGCUUUCGCUUUGGCUUCACAGCAUACACUCAAUCCAGGGCCAGGGUGAGGAUCCAAAUUAAGACUUUAGAAAUGAGCUAAUUCUGUGGUCUACUAACUUCUGUUGGAGUCCAGGGCUAAUUCAUUGGCCAGCCAUUCAAGCUUCUGCCUGGGCUAAUAAAGACCAUUCAGCUGUUCAUUCAUUUGCCAAAAAUAGUGCCCAGUGCAUGCCUAUAGAAGUGGGUAGGCUCUCUGUUUUGUGUGAUAGGCCUCGGUCCAGUGAGAAGACAACUUGCAGUGUGUUAAAUGUCAUGCUGGAGAUGAGAAUGGAAGGAUCUGGAAAGACAGCUCCCUGUGGAGAGUUAGAGAAGACAUAACAAAUGUGACACCUGAGUUGGGUUUUGAAGAAUGACGAGUGGCCCACCAGAGAGCUAUGUGACAGCAUGGGGGUGGACUUUGAUGUGAAAACUUUCUGCCACAACUUGCGGGCAACUAAGCCACCAUACGAGUGCCCUGUGGAGACCUGUCGCAAGGUUUACAAGAGUUACAGUGGCAUCGAGUACCACCUGUACCACUAUGACCACGACAACCCGCCGCCCCCACAGCAGACUCCACUCCGCAAGCACAAGAAGAAGGGGCGCCAGUCUCGUCCAGCCAACAAGCAGUCACCGAGCCCUUCAGAGGUCUCCCAGUCACCAGGCCGUGAGGUGAUGAGCUACGCACAGGCCCAGCGCAUGGUGGAGGUGGACCUGCAUGGCCGUGUCCACCGCAUCAGCAUCUUUGACAACCUGGACGUGGUGUCAGAGGAUGAGGAGGCCCCUGAGGAGGCCCCUGAGAAUGGCAGCAACAAGGAGAACACUGAGACACCAGCUACAACUCCCAAAUCAGGCAAGCAUAAGAACAAGGAGAAACGCAAGGAUUCCAACCAUCACCACCACCAUAAUGCUUCCGCAAGUGCCACACCCAAGCUGCCAGAGGUGGUGUACCGGGAGCUGGAGCAGGACACCCCUGACGCACCACCCCGGCCGACUUCCUAUUACCGGUACAUCGAGAAGUCUGCAGAGGAGCUGGAUGAGGAAGUGGAGUAUGACAUGGACGAGGAGGACUACAUCUGGCUGGAUAUCAUGAAUGAGCGGCGGAAGACAGAAGGCGUGAGUCCCAUCCCUCAGGAGAUCUUUGAGUACCUGAUGGACCGGCUGGAAAAGGAAUCUUACUUUGAGAGUCACAACAAAGGCGACCCCAAUGCCCUGGUGGACGAGGACGCUGUAUGCUGUAUCUGUAAUGAUGGCGAGUGCCAGAACAGUAACGUUAUCCUCUUCUGUGACAUGUGCAACCUGGCCGUGCACCAGGAGUGCUAUGGUGUCCCCUACAUCCCUGAGGGCCAAUGGCUGUGCCGCCGUUGCCUGCAGUCACCGUCCCGUGCUGUGGACUGUGCCCUGUGCCCCAACAAGGGUGGUGCCUUCAAGCAGACAGAUGAUGGGCGCUGGGCACACGUGGUGUGUGCCCUGUGGAUCCCCGAGGUCUGCUUUGCCAACACGGUCUUCCUAGAGCCUAUUGACAGCAUUGAGCACAUCCCUCCAGCUCGCUGGAAGCUCACCUGCUACAUUUGCAAGCAGCGUGGCUCGGGGGCCUGCAUCCAGUGCCACAAAGCCAACUGCUACACAGCCUUCCAUGUCACGUGUGCCCAGCAAGCCGGCCUUUACAUGAAAAUGGAGCCUGUGCGGGAGACAGGCGCCAACGGCACCUCCUUCAGCGUCCGCAAGACAGCCUACUGCGACAUCCACACCCCCCCAGGUUCUGCGCGCCGCCUGCCUGCCCUGUCCCACAGCGAGGGGGAGGAAGAGGAGGAAGAAGAGGAGGAAGAGGGUAAGGGCUGGAGCUCAGAGAAGGUCAAGAAGGCCAAGGCCAAGUCCCGCAUCAAGAUGAAGAAGGCGCGGAAGAUCCUGGCUGAGAAGCGGGCAGCAGCGCCUGUGGUGUCUGUGCCCUGCAUCCCGCCACACAGGCUCAGUAAGAUCACCAACCGCCUGACCAUCCAGCGGAAGAGCCAGUUCAUGCAGAGGCUGCAUAGCUACUGGACACUGAAGAGGCAGUCCCGGAAUGGGGUCCCGCUGCUGCGUCGCCUGCAGACACACCUCCAGUCCCAGAGGAACUGUGACCAAGUUGGGAGAGAUUCUGAGGAUAAGAACUGGGCCCUCAAAGAACAGCUCAAGUCAUGGCAGCGGCUCCGGCAUGACCUAGAGCGAGCUCGGCUGCUGGUAGAACUGAUCCGCAAGCGGGAGAAGCUGAAAAGGGAGACGAUCAAGGUCCAGCAGAUCGCCAUGGAGAUGCAGCUGACACCUUUCCUCAUCCUGCUUCGAAAAACCUUGGAGCAGCUCCAAGAGAAGGACACGGGCAACAUCUUCAGCGAGCCGGUCCCUCUGUCUGAGGUACCUGACUACCUGGACCACAUCAAAAAGCCCAUGGACUUUUUCACCAUGAAGCAGAAUUUGGAGGCUUACCGCUACUUGAACUUUGAUGAUUUUGAGGAGGACUUCAACCUCAUCAUCAGCAACUGCCUCAAGUAUAAUGCCAAGGACACCAUCUUCUACAGGGCAGCAGUACGGCUCCGUGAGCAGGGUGGUGCUGUGCUCCGUCAGGCCCGGCGCCAGGCAGAAAAAAUGGGCAUUGACUUUGAGACGGGCAUGCAUAUCCCCCACAACUUGCCUGGAGAUGAGGUCCCACACCACACUGAGGACGUAGAGGAAGAGCGGCUGCUCCUCCUGGAGAACCAGAAGCACCUGCCAGUGGAGGAACAGCUGAAGUUGUUGCUGGAACGGCUGGAUGAAGUAAAUGCCAGCAAACAGAGUGUGGGCCGUUCACGCCGUGCGAAAAUGAUCAAGAAAGAGAUGACAGCGUUGAGGCGGAAGCUCGCCCACCAGCGGGAGGCUGGACGGGAUGGGCCUGAGCGGCACGGCCCCUCCAGCCGGGGCAGUCUGAUGCCCCACCCAGCAGCCUGUGACAAGGAUGGCCAGACAGACAGUGCCACGGAGGAGAGCAGCAGCCAGGAGACAAGCAAAGGCCUGGGUCCCAACAUGUCCUCAACCCCCGCACAUGAGGUGGGCAGGAGAACCUCAGUUCUGUUCUCCAAAAAGAACCCGAAGACAGCUGGACCGCCCAAGAGGCCGGGCCGGCCCCCCAAAAACCGGGAGAGCCAGAUGACCCCCAGCCACGGAGGCAGUCCUGUGGGACCCCCCCAGCUCCCCAUCAUGGGCUCCCUGCGUCAGCGCAAGCGGGGUAGGAGCCCCCGGCCCAGUUCGAGCUCAGACAGCGACAGUGAUAAGUCCACAGAAGACCCCCCGAUGGACUUGCCAGCCAAUGGCUUCAGCAGUGGAAACCAGCCGGUGAAGAAGAGUUUCCUGGUGUACCGCAAUGACUGCAGCCUUCCCCGGAGCAGCUCUGACUCUGAGUCCAGCAGCAGCAGCAGCAGCAGCGCUGCCUCAGACCGUACCAGUACCACACCCUCCAAACAAGGCCGGGGCAAGCCCUCCUUCUCAAGGGGCACCUUCCCAGAGGACAGCAGCGAGGACACCUCAGGCACCGAGAACGAGGCCUACUCUGUGGGCACUGGCCGCGGCGUGGGCCACAGCAGUAAGUACCCUCGCCCAGGGCCAGGGAUGCUGGGGAGCCUGUAUCAGGGCCUUGCUGGUGCCCCAACUGCUGAUCCGCCCCCUUCUUCCCUUUCCUGUGAAGUGGUGAGGAAGAGUCUGGGCCGGGGAGCUGGCUGGCUGUCAGAGGACGAGGACUCUCCCUUGGACGCUCUGGACCUUGUGUGGGCCAAAUGCCGAGGGUACCCGUCAUACCCAGCUCUGAUCAUUGAUCCAAAGAUGCCCCGAGAAGGUAUGUUUCACCACGGCGUUCCCAUCCCUGUGCCCCCACUGGAGGUGCUAAAACUCGGGGAGCAGAUGACCCAGGAAGCCCGAGAGCAUCUCUACCUCGUUCUCUUCUUUGACAACAAACGAACUUGGCAGUGGCUGCCCAGGACUAAGCUGGUCCCUUUGGGUGUGAACCAGGACCUCGACAAAGAGAAGAUGCUGGAGGGCCGGAAGUCCAACAUCCGCAAGUCAGUACAGAUCGCCUACCACAGGGCGCUGCAGCACCGCAGCAAGGUGCAGGGUGAGCAGAGCAGCGAGACCAGCGACAGUGACUGAUCCUGCCCAGCAGAGCCCAGCCUUCAGAGCCCCAUGCCCUCUCCUUCCUGUGCUCACUGUCCGGAGUGGCACAGGCCUCUGCACUGACUCAUUCCUGGUCUUGGGGCCAGUCUCAGGGGAAGCUGAGUCGAGGAGGUCCCUCCUGCCUUGAGUGCAGCUGGACUGUACAGAACACUCCAAGGACCCACGGCAACUCAGUGCAAGGAGAGGGGAAGUCCCAUAGGUCAGAAAGAGCUCCAGAAGCCUCAGGGCAUGGUUGGGUGGGGUGGUGGGCCACUGCUAGGACACUGCAGAACACAGGCCAUCCCACCACUGCCACCUGUUCAUCCCAGGAGACUUCAAACUGCCUAGAGGCCUGAGGCCCCUGCUGGUGGAGGGGAGCAGGCACCUGUCCAGCCUGGAAAUGGGGUACUAGGUGAUCCCCUCCCCUGCUAUUGUAAAUAAUGUAAUUAUCAGAGAAUUUAAAUUAUUCUCAUUUGUAACUGCGUUUCCGGGUCGCGCCAGAGUCAUUUGGUACUAAAAAGAAGACUGGGGCCUGUCCCCACUUUCCUUCUCGUUCCCAUAGAUUUUCCCCUACCUUUCAGACUGGUUUGUAUUUAUUUCAAAGGAAUAAAAUAUAUUGAUUCUUAGAAAAUAAAA